AUGAGGUUGUCUCCUGUCCUGGCAUCAUCGCUCUUCUCACUAUCCACACUUACCAGAGGCGCUCGACCAUUACAUCAGGCCCGCCUAGGACUCAUCCGACCUGUUUCACUCCAGCCCAUGUCGUUUCUUAAAUCUUUCUUCGGCUCCCCUUCCUCCACUUCAUCAAACAUGAGUUAUCCUGACAAACGCACCGAUGAUGAGUGGCAGGCCAUCCUCAACAAAGAGCAGUUCCGUAUCCUGAGACAGAAAGGUACCGAGGCUCCGGGCUCCGGAGAGUUCAACAAGCACUACCCGGAGGAGGGCGUUUAUGCCUGUGCGGGAUGUGCCGCACCCCUGUACAAGGCCAAGCAGAAGUUCAACUCCAACUGCGGCUGGCCAGCCUAUUUUGAUAGCAUCCCCGGAGCCGUCACUCGCCAUGAAGACAGCACCCUGGGCAUGACGAGGACUGAGAUUGUGUGCUCCAAUUGCGGUGGUCACCUUGGCCAUGUUUUCAAGGGCGAGGGGUUCCCUACGCCAACUGACGAGCGCCACUGCGUCAACAGCAUCAGUUUAACAUUUAGUCCUGAGGAGAAGAAGCAGUAG